AUUCUCAAUCACUUAUUUAUUUUGCAACUUAUUUAUUUUGCAGUAAAAACCUUUACAGUGAAAAUGAAUAAAAAUUACACAUGUAUUUCUAAAAAUGCAUUAUUUUGAAAGGAGAGUGAAAGAAGAUACAACCCAAACCCAAUACAAGAAUCCAAAGAAAAAGCUUAGGUAGUUAACAAAGUGCGCGUGUAAUAUAUGUGCGAGUGGACAUAAACUUUCCCUGUCAAAGAGAGUUCAUGCACAAAUCCCAACCACAAUCUUAUAUAUAACACAUCAUCUUCAAUUCGAAAGCCACUCACAAACUAACACCCUCCUGAAAUCAAGAAUCUUGCCUGAGAUCAUCGUACAGAUAGAUUUCAAGAACCGAUCAUCUAAACUUCGAUAUGGAUCUCAAUUACAAAGCAACCGAGCUAAGAUUAGGGUUGCCUGGAACCAACGACUUGCCGGAAGUUAAUACGACGACGACAUCUUCCCUCACCAAGAGCACCAAAAGAAGUUCAUCUGAGAUGAGUCAAAAUGAAACCGACGAAUCAAGAUCCUCCCCUCCGGCAAAGGAACAAGUAGUCGGGUGGCCUCCUGUGAGAUCUUACCGGAAAAACGUAUUACAUGGGAAGAAAGUGUUGCCAGAGAUGGGCUCCACGAUGUAUGUGAAAGUGAGCAUGGAUGGAGCUCCAUAUUUGAGAAAAGUUGAUCUAAAACUAUACAAAAGCUAUGGGGAGUUGAUGAAGGGUUUAGAGGAUAUGUUUUUGUGCACAAUAGGGUUGUACAAUGAGAACGAAAGGUACGAUGGAUCAAAGCAUGCAGCAACUUAUGAAGACAAAGAUGGAGACUGGAUGCUAGUCGGAGAUGUGCCAUGGGAAAUGUUCGUUACCUCUUGCAAAAGACUUAGAAUCAUGAAAGGGUAUGAAGCUAGAGGGUUGGAUUUAUAGUUCUUAUUAGUUUAUACAUUAAUUCAACUCAGAUAUUUUUGAUAAAAGAAAUUGUAAAAAAAUAGAGAAAGUUCAUGUAAGUAAUUGAGAUUUUCUUGUGAUUGAAAGUGUUCUAUAAGUUUGAAUCCCGUGUUUGGUAUGAUUACCGAAUUACC